AUGUCAAAUUCUGCCAGUUCAUCAACAACAUUUGGUUGUUCAAGUUCAACAAAUAGUAUAACUGAAUUAAAGCAAUCUGUUGUGAAACAAUUUUUUAUUGAUGUUCAAGCAAGAAGACCAAAUUCGUGGCAUGGUAAAUGUUCAAUAUGUUCAAAAGGUACAAAACAUGAAAGUGAAUAUGAAGAAUGGUUAGCUAAGAAGAAUGUUAAUCUUGAUACAAAACAACGAAAUAUUGGUGAUAUGAUAAAGCAAAAAACAAGUAAAUAUUCAUCAACUUAUCCAAGACAAGUUAAAUUAACUGAAUCAAUAAUAAAAGAUUUAAUAAUUGAAUGUGGUAUACCAUUAUCAUUAGUAGAACAAAAUGGUUUUAAAAAUUUCAUGGAAAUAGUUGAUCCAAUGUAUUCACUAUUAAGUCGUCGACAAAUAACUCGUGAUAAACUUCCAAAAUUACAUGAUAAUAUGAUUACGAAAUUAAAAAUAUUAUGUAAUAAUGCUGAACAUGUAUCAGUUACAUUAGAUGUAUGGAGUGAUAGACGUUUACGUUCUUAUAUCGGUAUUACUUUACAUACAUUUGUUGAUGGUGAAUUAAGAUCAUAUUUAUUGUCAUUUGCACCAUUAAAAGGUCGCCAUACAGCUGAUGUUUUACUGGCUGAAUUUGAAAAAGUAAUUAACUAUUAUCGUAUUGAAAAGAAAUUAGUACGUUUAAUUACCGAUAAUGCAGCUAAUAAUAUAAAAGCAUUUGAUAAUAUUUUACUUCCAGGAUUUGAAACAUAUUUUGAAAAUGAUGAUCGUAACAAUGAUGAUGAAUCAUUACAAGAUAAUGAUGAUGAUUGUGAAGAAAUAUCUGAUGAUGAUUCUAAUGAUCAUUUUGAAUUAGUACCAUUAGCUGAUGAUAUUGUUCAAUGUUUAAGUGAAAAUUUAGAACUAUUACGUUUACCGUGCUUUGCGCACACGUUACAAUUGGUUGUUAAAGAUGGUAUUAAAUAUGCAUCUAAUGCAACUGCUGCCUUAACAAAAGUUGCAAAAAUUGCAAAAUUUAGUCAUGAUAGUAUUUUAUUUGCAGAAAAAUUAGAAAAUUUAUCAACAACAAUACCACGUGCAACAAAAUGUCGUUGGAAUAGUCAGUAUUUGACUGUUGCUGCUGUUUUGAACAUUUCAUUAAAGACACUUAAUGAUAUUUUAACUGAAUUAGGUAAAAAGGAAUUAUGUUUAACAGAAAAAAAUAAAGAAAUUCUCGAUGAAUUUAUGGGAUUGCUGUAUUUAUUUAAUGAAGCAACAGUUUUAACUCAAGCUGACCAAACAGUUACAAUUAGUAUUGUUGGACCAAUUCUUCUUAAUAUAUUAAGUGAUCUUGAAUUCGAAAGAACAAAAUCUGAACGUACAUCUUUAUUAUGUGAUGCUCUCGUUUCUUCAUUAAAAACACGUUUUGGUGGUUUUUAUAAACAUUUUAAUAUUAACACAGAUAAUUGUACAGUAAAGAUAAAUACAAAUGCUAAUACAUCGUUUUUAUAUACUGAUUCAAUUUUUUUGAUAAGUCCAGUUUUAGAUGGACGUUUUAAAUUUCAAUGGAUCAAUGAUUGUGCUUUAUUAUCUGAUUUAACAAAAAA